UGACUGUUCCUUCUCUUCCUCUCCCCAAGCUGAUGACCAAGCACCCUGCCAAGCGCCUGGGAUGCGGCCCAGAAGGGGAGCGGGACAUCAAGGAGCACGCGUUCUUCCGCUACAUCGACUGGGACAAGCUGGAGCGGAAGGAGAUCCAGCCUCCCUUCAAGCCAAAGGCUAAGGACAAACGCGACACUUCCAACUUCGACAAAGAGUUCACCCGGCAGCCGGUGGAGCUCACACCCACGGACAAACUCUUCAUCAUGAACUUGGACCAGAACGAGUUUGCUGGAUUCUCCUACACCAACCCUGAGUUUGUCAUUAACGUGUAG